CACACUGACUUGUUUAUAGCGGCCGCCGACGGUGCAAAAGAACUGCAGAAAAUUUGUUUAAUGACUUUUAUGUGUUUUUCUUGUAAUUAAAGUGUAAUAACAAAUAAAGCGACAACAUGCCGCGUAUAAUGAUCAAAGGCGGCGUCUGGCGCAACACUGAGGAUGAAAUCCUCAAAGCGGCUGUCAUGAAAUAUGGCAAAAAUCAAUGGAGCCGUAUUGCGUCGCUGCUGCAUCGAAAGUCGGCCAAGCAGUGCAAGGCACGUUGGUACGAGUGGCUGGAUCCGAGCAUCAAGAAAACGGAAUGGUCUCGCGAGGAGGACGAGAAACUGCUGCAUCUGGCCAAACUGAUGCCGACGCAGUGGCGCACCAUAGCACCCAUCAUUGGGCGCACUGCAGCACAAUGCUUGGAGCGCUACGAGUAUCUGCUUGAUCAGGCACAACGCAAGGAGGAUGGCGAAGAUGCCAUGGACGAUCCACGCAAAUUGAAGCCUGGAGAAAUCGAUCCCAAUCCUGAGACUAAGCCAGCACGACCGGAUCCCAAAGACAUGGACGAGGAUGAGUUGGAAAUGCUGUCGGAGGCGCGUGCCCGUCUCGCCAACACGCAAGGUAAGAAGGCAAAACGCAAGGCACGCGAGAAGCAGCUGGAGGAAGCACGUCGCCUGGCCACGCUCCAGAAGCGUCGUGAACUGCGUGCCGCUGGCAUUGGCAGCGGGAAUCGCAAACGCAUCAAGGGCAUCGAUUACAAUGCAGAGAUUCCCUUUGAAAAGCGGCCAGCUGCUGGUUUCUAUGACACCUCGGAGGAGCAUCUGCAAAAGCAGGAUCCCGACUUUAAUAAGAUGCGUCAACAGGAUCUCGACGGGGAACUGCGCUCUGAAAAGGAGGAACGUGAACGCAAACGAGACAAACAAAAGCUGAAACAGCGCAAGGAGAACGAGGUGCCAACGGCCAUGUUGCAGGCGGCGGAGCCAGAGCGUAAGCGUUCUAAACUGGUGCUGCCCACGCCACAAAUAUCGGACAUGGAGCUGCAGCAGGUCGUGAAGCUGGGACGUGCCAGCGAGAUGGCUAAGGAGAUUGCCGGCGAGAGCGGCAUUGAGACAACAGAUGCGUUGCUGGCGGAUUAUUCUAUUACGCCCCAAGUGGUGGCCACGCCACGCACACCGGCUCCAUACACAGAUCGCAUAAUGCAGGAGGCGCAGAACAUGAUGGCACUGACGCACACAGAGACGCCGCUCAAAGGUGGUCUCAAUACGCCGCUGCACGAAUCGGACUUCUCGGGUGUGCUGCCUAAGGCGGCGGCCAUUGCUACGCCUAACACGGUCAUUGCCACGCCUUUUCGCACACAACGCGAGGGCGGCGGUGCAGCCACGCCUGCUGGCUUCCUCACGCCAGCAUCGGGUGCUUUGGUGCCGGUGCACAAAACCGGUGCCGUGGGCAGCGCCAACACACCGGCGUUUGUGCGCGACAAGCUGAGCAUCAAUGCCGAGGAGAGCAUGAGUGUCACAGAGACGCCAGCACUCUACAAGAACUAUCAGAAGCAACUAAAGUCAUCGCUGCGCGAAGGUUUAUCAACGCUGCCAGCGCCACGCAACGAUUACGAGAUUGUGGUGCCGGAGCAGGAUGACAGCGAGCCCAUAGAAACAGGUACAGAGCCGGCGAUUGAGGAUCAGGCGGAUGUGGAUGCACGUCUGCUUGCCGAACAGGAGGCGCAACGUAAACGCGAGCUUGCCAAACGCUCGCAGGUCAUACAACGGAGUUUGCCGCGUCCCACAGAAGUGAACACCAAGAUUUUGCGACCGCAAUCCGAGAAACAGAAUCUCACAGAGCAGCAGCAGGCAGAAGAGCUGAUCAAGCAUGAAAUGAUCACCAUGCAGCUGUACGACUCUGUGAAGGAUCCGGUGCCCGGACAGUCGCAGCACAAGCUGGAGCAGCUGCAGAGCUACUUCAAAGCGAAUCCCUAUGAAGAGAUUACACCGGAGGAACUGGCCGAUGCCAAGAAAAUGCUUGCCGAUGAAAUGGAAGUGGUUAAAGAGCGCAUGUCACACGGCGAACUUCCGUUGGAUGUCUAUGCUCAGGUGUGGCAAGAGUGUCUGGGUCAGGUGCUCUAUUUGCCCUCACAGCAUCGCUAUACGCGGGCCAAUUUGGCCAGUAAAAAGGAUCGUCUGGAGUCGGCAGAGAAGCGACUCGAACAGAAUCGUCGUCACAUGGCGAAGGAGGCGAAGCGUUGUGGCAAGAUUGAGAAGAAACUGAAGAUCCUAACGGGUGGAUAUCAGGCACGUGCACAGGUACUGAUCAAGCAGCUGCAGGACACGUAUGCGCAGAUCGAACAGAACUCGCUGUCGUUGUCCACAUUCCGGUUUCUGGGCGAACAGGAAGCCAUUGCGGUGCCACGACGUCUCGAAGCGUUGCAGGAAGAUGUGCGUCGCCAAAUGGAGCGUGAGAAGGAGCUGCAACAGAAAUACGCCAAUCUGGCCGAGCAGCGCGAAACUUUGUUUAGUCAAAUUGAGCUGUUAUCUGGUGUGCGACCCACAGCUCAGCAGCUGCUCGGUACGGAUCAGGAAAUGCAGCCACAGCAGGCCUAGGAAUACAGUCAACAGCGCCAUCAUCAUUUUCAUUAUUGACUACAACUUUCAACAAUUAAUCCAAAAAAAAGUUCAAUACAAAUACAUAA